AUGGCUACCGCAUUCGUCAAUACCCCGUUCGAACUUCCCGGCUUCGAGACAAAUUAUUCCAUCUCGAAUCCACGGUCGAAACCGAUCAUCCUUACUCCUUUUCUCAGAUUAUCAUCUGAGCUUCAAUUCUUCUACCAAUCUAAAGAACUGGAUGCGGAGCCUUAUCUAAAGAUAUCCAAGUCGCUCUUUAGACCCUCAGGGAAUCCCUAUAUAUAUGCACAUGAGUUUAGAAAGCUAAGAGAUUUUAGGAAACUCAAUGUGUUGUCGUACAGUAUUUUGAAGUCCCAACGUGAACAUAUGGAACGCUUGUUAUCUCGAUGCACCUCGGUCUUGGGUGUACAAAUUUGGUCUCCAGAUCCUGCGCUGGUUAAAGCCGUGCGCGAAAUGUUCUGCUUCUGUAUUCACGUGGUUUGCCAAAUGCAAUUGUUUGCACGCAGUCCCAUAUUUGAAGGUCAACCCGGGAGACAUUUCUUCGAAAUGGUUGGAAGGCUGCGUGAGAAGUCUGAUCCUCUGAGUCAAGCAUGUCUGAAAAUCUUUGAGAUGGAUUUGUCUCUGAUAACUCAGGAAAGCCAUGCUACCUCAUGUUGCCCAAUAUGUCAACUUGACCACCAAACCCCACACUACUCGAAACUACUGCACCCAGAAGAUGAAGGGGGGGCAGCAUUGAAAAUUCUACCACCACUUAAUGAAAUACCACGGCUAUCGAAGCCUGAUGAAUGCGCUAUUUGUUACGGACCUAAUUAUACGCCCGUGGCCACUAUACCCUGCGGUCAUAAACAUACCUGCUUAACAUGCAUUAUUCGAUGGACUAAAAGCGAAGAAGAAGCUCCUCCUAAUGGAUGCCCUUAUUGCCGUUCCAAGAUCGCUCGCUUGGAACUAUUGGUGCCAUAUCCUCGAUUCCAAGUCGAAGAAUCUCGAACGAAAUCGAAAUACUCGCUCGCGAGACCCUUUGCGGAAGCUGAAAUGGGUUAUGAGGAAAUGGAGAAGAGACAGAAAGAGGUAAUGGAGGUUGUAACCCUGGUUGGGGCUUGGAUCUGGCGGGUUCCGAAAGAGGACAGAAAUUUUUUUGUAGCACAGCGAAGGUGGGAACGGAGGCGCUGGAGAUUGAGAUUGAGAAGGAAAGCUAUGGAUAACAAGGUCAAAGCUAUUUGA